AUGGCGCGCGAUCGCGGCGACCGCGCGCGCGCGAGCUCGGACGACGACGACGACGACGACGACGAUCGCGCGACGGCGGCGAUCGCGCGCGUCGUCGCGCGCGACGCGCGGGCGGGGGACGCGGACGCGAUGGAUGGGACGUUGGCGCUGCACGAGUGCGCGUUCGCCGCGGCGCGAUCGACGCGGGGGGCGGCGCCGGCGCGCGCGCGACGGCUCGGCCGCUCGCUCGUCGGCGCCGCGCUCGUGGGCGCGGCGACUGGGACGGAUGAUGCGGUCGGCGCGCGCGUGAACGAUGUCGCGACGCUGUGUGGAUGGGACGCGACGGCGACGCGCGGGGCGUUUCGUAAAGCGCACGCGGGCGGGUGGUGCGCGACGCGAGAGAUGGUGUUGCGCGAGGAAGCGUUUGAGUUUUGUGCGAACGCGGGGUUCAUCGGGGAGUCGUGGAUGCGGGAGGUGGAGACGCGACACGCGCGGGGGUGCAGACGAGCGAGACGCGCGUUGGGGUUGGCGACGCGCGGGCGGCGGAGCGAAGACGACGGGGGCGGCGGGGGCGGGCGGGCGAGCGCGGAUGGGAGCGAUGACUCGGAAGCGCGGGCGAAGAAGGAGGCGAUCGAUGGGUGGUUGUUCCAUGGGAGCGAGUUCGCGAACGAGGAUGACGAUGCGAACGAUGACGACGAUGACGAGAGCGCGUCGGACGCGAACGACGCGAACGACGACGUCGGCGCGAGCGAAGAUUGGGACGACGAUUCGGAAGAUGAUGACGAUGUCGCCGAACCGUCGUUCGUCCAGGUGGAUGGUGCCGAGGUGCGAGACAUCGAGAGGGACGACGAAUUCGUCAUGCGAGAGAUUCUAUCCAUGCGAGGCGAGACGGACGCCGCCAUCGCGGGAAGAAUUCGCGCAAACGUCGAGCGCACGCAGGGUGCGCUCGAUAGCGCGGAGUCACGACGCGCGCGCAUGCUCCAGGACUUGUUGGAAAAGUUCACGCGAAUGGACACGUCGAGGAGUUCGCACACGGGUGCGAUGGUGCGCGAGAGCAGCUCGACGAACUCGCGACACAAAUUUUUCGCGCAGCGCGAGCCAAAGACUCGAAUCGAGUCGAAAAACAAGUCUCUGAAAUUCAUAUCAGUCUCCAAGCACGUCCGAAAGGCGCUGGAGACGGAGAAGGAGCGAAAGCGAGCGGUAUCGCAAUUUUGA